GCUCUGACUGCUGAGACAGACUCAAACUAGCACAUCUGAAGCUACAAAGACUGAGAUCUUAUAGCAAGAGACGACAAGACUCCAAAAUACUCAUUGAAGAUGCAGUGCUCUCAUGUGUUCCAGCCUUCCUUCUGCACACCAAUGGCUUUCCAUUGGCUAGUGCCAGUGCGCACACUGUGGCCAGAGACCCGCUCCAUCUUCAUUCUGAUGGAGAAUGACAUCCUGAGACAAAUGGAGGAAAUGCAGAGAAGUAUGGACUUCAUGGAUCAAGUUCAUCAGCUGAUCUUUAAAAAGAUUGAGGCUAUUGAUCAGGGCACUAAGCUCUUUGAUGCCAAGCCGAUCCCCUAUAAGACAGAGAAGGAAGGAAACCGCUUUGAUCUGACGCUGGAUACCAAAGACUUUUCACCCGAAGAGCUGACCGUGAAACAGGUGGGGCAGAAACUGCGAGUGACCGGAAAGCAUGAAAUGAAAGAAGAAGAUGGAAAAGGUGGCUACGCCUUCAAAUACCAGGAGUUCAGACAGGAAUUUGAGCUACCACAAGAUGUGAACCCUGAUGAGGUGACCUGCUCCUUGUCCAACGGGCAGCUACAGAUUGAAGCACCAUGUCUGGCACUGCCUGCUGUGACUGAGAGAACUGUUCCCAUCAACAGCAGCCCUGCUGUGAAGACCCAUCCAGAGAGGAGCACAGAGGAACAGGAAAUGACCAGUAGCACAGAGAAAGAACACCAGGUGGAAAAACAAGGAGUUUGAACAGACUGGUGAUUACUAAUGCUACUGCUUUUUUCUGUAUUUUAUUUAUAAAAUAUAUAUAUAUAU